UUUUAAUUACGCUUAGAUUAAUUAUCAAAAAUAUUAAGAAAAUAAAACAAUAUACACGACUCGAACACUAUUAAUUACCCUUUUUCUACGCCUAUUUUAGUAGGCAAGGGGAUCCGUUCGAUUAUGCAAAUGGAUCAUAAUCGACUCGCCAGAUGUAAGCUUAAGUAAGCAAUUUGGUAAUUUAUAUAGGGCUUAAAAUUCUUCUUAAAGUUAUCUUAAAACUUAUUACUGCAGAAUGAAAUAAUUUAAAUUUAAUUCUGUUUGUCGUUCUACUUAUAACUGAUGGUAAUUAGGCCUAUGGUUGCUUAAAAGCAUCCGUUCUUACGUGUAUUAUACUAAUUUUCGCUUUUACAGAGGGUUAAUUUUAUCCUUUCAAGCUAUUGUCUUCAUCCAAAAUACCUCGACACUUUCAGGGAUCCGGAAAUAACUUUAUUUCUUGUCAUAUUUCUGAUACUUAGCGCUUAUUCCUGAUUUUCUAAAUCCGUUACUUACACCUUGUGUUGUUUUAGUAGGAAAAUAAACAAGGUAGAAACGAUUAAACAACCUUUCCCUUAAAUUUUUAUAGAUCUAAGAGCGGUUUAAUUAGAUCCCAUUUAAAAAAGUAGCAUUAAAAACGUUUAAACGACUCCCUUCUCGCGGCUGUUGGUUGUGUUGUGUGCUAUGUCUUAGGGAAGAAACAAUAAGGAAAUGUUUAAAUGAGUGUUAGUUUAAUUGUAGUCCACGUGGCGUUUCCCUCUUGUUGUCGAGUCCUUGUCCCCGAUUUCUGACGAGACGGAAGCGUUACAUCGCUGGAAAAUUUCAUCCAACACGGACACCUCUGACUCUAACAAUUGCCGGCCGCCCAUUGUUGCGCGCACAAACAAUUCGCCGCGCUUCGAUUGGUCGACUCCUUGUUUCAACCUUCCUGGUUGGUCGCCCCGAUUGGUCGGCUGCUCUCGUCGCUACUUGGCAUUGGACGCCACGCGCUAUUGUCGCCCGAAUGUCAGACACGUCGUCCCGUCAGACAGUAGAGAGGCGUCCCACUCGGUUCGCAGAGUUCCUCCGACUCCUCCAUGCUAAUAGAGAUAAGGAUGUCUUCCAAACGCAAAAGUCCUCCUUCCAAACUGUCGACCGACGAACUGAAGAAUGGUCCUUUAGAGAUCCAAUUCGACAGCAGCGAAGACGACAGUAAGACUUUCCUGCAGGAAGACGACCUGUUGACGGAAUGCGACGCGGAGUCCACCGACAGUGGUAGCAAACCCCCUCCAGAAUUGCCCACUGAUUCCGAAUACGAUACCGACAGUUGUCACAAUUUGACGACCGAUCCCCUCCAUCCUCGCCAAGAAAUCCGGGCUGGCAAGCGUUCCAUGGAUGAUGUCCUUAAGCGCCUCACUUCCAAAUUCAACAAUGGCACGGCCGUUCAGGAGAGUGCCGAUCAACACUGCCAAGUUUUAUCUUCGGCUAGUGCGCCCGGAAACGAAGGAAAUCAAAUGAACCACAUUCACCCCCUGAUGCUGUUAGAUAGCGAGCCUUUCCGGACGGCUCUGGCCGGAGAUAGCCUCCGAGAGAAGGAAAAGCGGCUGACGGAGAUGAUCAAUCAGUUGCAACAAUUGAGGGAACAAUUGCUCUUCCAGCAAAGGCAACAAUCUCAGAGUUGUCAAGAAGAAGCGCAGCAUCGGGACGUACAAAGAAAGCAGCGGGAACAGAUCGAGAAACAACAACAGCAACUGGCUCAGCAGCAGCAUAGAAUACAAGAGCUGCAGAAUCGCCUGAAUGGGCACUACAUCGCCGCUUCCAGCAAACCCCUAUCUCCUGCCCUGUCCACCAUACCUCCUCAAGGCUUGAUGUUCAUGCCGGUUUUCGACAGUGGACUGGCCAGUGCGGCCGCUCCGGUGGCCGGACUGACGACAUCGGCGCCCCCGUUACCCCCGACGGUGCCCUCGAGACAGAUGUCUCCCAACUUGGCAUCGCAACUCGUGUCAGUAGCCAUGGGCGAUACGCCACCAACGAUCUCUCUGACCUCGUGGAUGUCACAUCCCGUUUUGCCUGUCACUAGUACUUCCUUGUCGCCUUCCUCCCUCAACGCUUCUUCAAACUGCGUUUCCAGAAAUCAGGUGUCCGGACAGGAAUCUGAUGCCCCUCUCAAUCUAUCUAAACCCAAAUGUGCGUCGAUGGGCAGCAACUGUAGCAGUACCAGUUGCAGUCCUUCUCCACAGACUAGUUUACGACACGAAUCUGCACCGCCUUCCUUACCCUUGUGCCCUACUGCUUUGAUACAAUCCGUUUCCGGUUCCUCCACCCUUCCCGUAGCGUCACAGUUCAUGACUGCUUCUCCCCAUUAUAGCCAUAUAACAACUCAUUUGAGAACGUCUUUCUCUGCCUCUGAUCUUAUUGGGCAUUCAGUAACUCCGAACAAAGAUACAAUUCGCCCUCUCUUGGGUAACGAAUGCAGUGACUUCACCGUUUACAUGAAUACGACGCGGAAGGAUACUAUCGAUACCAGCGAGAAAAAAAGUGAAAAUGUCAUUAAUUGUCAAAGUAAAAUUCUCGGAGCCAAAAUUAUUCGACAAACUAAAAAGGACAGCGAUGGCAAACCGCACAUAAAAAGGCCUAUGAAUGCGUUCAUGGUAUGGGCGAAAGACGAAAGGAGGAAGAUCUUGAAAGCGUGCCCAGAUAUGCAUAAUUCGAACAUAUCCAAAAUUUUAGGUGCAAGAUGGAAAGCCAUGUCCAAUACGGAAAAGCAACCGUAUUACGAAGAACAAUCGCGCUUGAGCAAACUACACAUGGAGAAACACCCCGAUUACAGAUACAGGCCAAGACCUAAGAGAACAUGCAUCGUAGACGGAAAGAAGUUGAGAAUAUCGGAAUAUAAACAGAUUAUGAGGAAUCGUCGACAAGAAAUGAAGAGCCUCUGGUAUCGAGAGAACGGAUUGGGUCUUCUGGAUCCACCUACAUUAGUCAAUCCCUUGAUGAGCGGAAAUGCCGAGUUGAUGAGAGCGAAGAUGUCCGGUGGUACCACCAAUGGUCUAUCGGAACUGCAAGCUUCCGACCCUUCCACAUCGUUAUCCGUUAGCAAUUCCACUUGAGGGAGAUCGUCGUGGGCAUAGGUUUCAUAUCAACUGCCGAGUUGGUGUGCAGCAUGGACGUUUGCCUGUCGCGAAUCAAAAUGGAGUGGAGAAAUGAAAUUUGUAAAUUUGUAUCAUUUUAUUCAGCCGAAUGAUGCACGAAUUUUGCACAAUUAGGAAGGAAACUUCGAAAAAUUCUUCAGUUGCACAAUUUUACGAAAAAAAAAUUUACGAACUGUCAUUUUCAUUUUGAUUGGUUGUUUCUUCUUGGAAUAUUCCUUUAAUUGUUCAAUAGUUCCUCCCGAAAAUAAUAAAAUUAAGAAAACAA